AUGGCUGCCCCCAGUGAAACUAAGGGGCUAGAAUUUAUUGCCCGAUCGUUCAUAGCGGGAGGUGUAUCUGGAAUGUGCGCCAAAACGUCGAUAGCGCCACUAGAUAGAGUAAAAAUCCUCCUUCAAGCUCACAACGUACACUAUAAACAUCUAGGUGUGGUGCGAACAUUAAAGCAUAUUGUGAUAAAGGAAAACUUCCUUGCCUUGUACAAAAGCAAUGGAGCUCAAAUGGUUCGAAUAUUUCCAUAUGCAGCCGUGCAGUUUAUGUCAUAUGAACAAUACAAGAAGAUCAUGACGCAAUUUUUCGGGCAACAUUCGCACAUCUCCAAGAUGAUUGCCGGCUCGUGUGCAGGGGUGUCGGCUGUCACCGUCACGUAUCCGCUGGACAUGGUUCGUGCGCGGCUUGCGUUCCAAGUGACCGGAGAACAUGUCUACACUGGCAUCUCACAUACACUACGCUCUAUAGUAACAAAGGAAGGAGGCGUCAGAGCCCUCUACAGGGGAUUCUCGCCGACAAUACUAGGAAUGAUACCUUAUGCAGGUACCCGAUGGACGUUGCUAGGCGACGGAUGCAGCUGGCAGAGAUGAUGAAGGAAGGUCAUGCAUUCAGGUGAGGAGGCUGAGAACGAGACUCACAGAUGUAGACGAGACGUCUGUGAGACGAUGGCGAUGUAGGCGAUGGCGUCUCCUGAGAGGUUUCAGUGACGUAUUGAAUGCAGUUCGCACUGCGAGGGUAGUGUAAAACUGUAUGAAGGGUUUUCAUGGUCGCCCUUCAUGGUCGGCUUUCAUGGUCGCCCUUCUUACUUCCUGUGAUUCCCAAUGUGCCAUGGAACCUCAAAGGUUCCAAUUGAAUUCAAUGCAAUUCUUCCCAUAUUCUUAAAACAAGGAUUUCACGUUUUCUCAACUAUUUUCAUAUUU